GACGAAUGUCGGACCGACCUCAGCAGGUGGAUAGGAGCUCCUCGUCCUGGAGUUCCAAUGUUACCAGUUGCUCCAGAGGCAGAAGGACCUCCAGUUCAAAUGGAACCAGUAGAUUUAAGCAUCAAAACGCCAGUAGUUCUACAAGUACCUAAAUAUCCACCACAGAGGUUGAGAAAUCCUCCACCUGCUGUCAAAAUACAACAACCACCAGAGAUUCCUAAAUGCAAUGUGAUAAGCCCUCAAGACAUCAGCCUAUCUUUAGCAGACCACACUCGAUCUCUAACAUCAACAGCAGCUCUCAUGGCUUUACAGAGGAUAAAGGACGCAUCCAUAUCAAUAAGAAGAACUUCCAUCCAUGACUCCGUGCCAAGUAAAUCUACCACUAUCAACAACAACAACAUUUACGAAGAUAGCAGGACUCCCGAAGUAACGAUACGAAGAAGAAAAAUUCACAGAUGUGAUGUUGCCGGCUGUCAUAAAGUGUAUACUAAAAGUUCGCAUCUAAAAGCACAUAAAAGAACCCACACAGGCGAGAAGCCAUAUCAAUGUUCGUGGGAAGGUUGUACCUGGAAAUUUGCAAGAUCAGACGAACUAACAAGGCACUAUCGAAAACACACCGGACAAAAACCUUUCAGUUGCAAUUUAUGUCAGAGAUCCUUCAGUAGGUCAGACCACCUUUCGUUACACAUGAAAAGACACUAAUGAAGACUCUAAAUGGUUUUCAGAUCAAUUUUAGAGAAAUUUCUUUAGGUCUAUUUAAUUUUUUAUCCACUAAAUUUCAUCCCAGUGUACUCAAUAGAGUUGAUCUCGAGUACAUUACUUGGGUAAAUUCCAACGGUAAAUUCGAUUCACAAAUUCAAAAUUUUUUUAUCUUAUUUUACCUGCGAAGCAUUUCUCUCACAAACCAAUUUCAAUCCAAUAUUAAUUCUCAGAAUAUUUGAAGAACUCCAAUGAUGAGAGAUUUUAGAAUAUUUCAAGAGUAGAAAUUUACAAAACUAUACCCAUUAAAUGUUAAUUCAAUCCAUCACUCUAAUUAGAUGUUCAAUUAUCGCAUGCAGUAGGCAUCCAGUGGUUUCGAUUCACAAAAUCUAAAUUUACUAUCUUAUUUAUACUGCCAAAUAUUUCACUCACAAACAACAUUCAAUCCAAUAUUAGUUCUGAAUAUUGAGAUACAACAGAAGACUUCAAGACUAAAAAUUCACAAAACUAAACCUUUUCAAUAUCAAUUGGAACUAACACAAUUUAUUUCGAGAGAAAAAGUUUCUGAAAAUCUUCAGUAAUUCGUCCAGGGAGCUAAUAUUGGAAUCAACAUUUUAAUUCCAUCUUAUAUGUUCUGACACGGUAAACGUCCAGUGGUUCAGGUCUCUAGCUCAGUUUUUGUUCAAUCAAAUUCAAAAAAGAAUAUGUUAUCGUUUGUAUAAUGCUUUGUAUCUCAACCACAUUGAAUGAAAAAAUAUACUGGAAAUUAAUUUUUGUCAUUAACUGAACUGAACAAUAAUUUAACUUUGGAGACUCUACUGCUGCCUACGAAAUUUAAAGAAAUAUUCAUAACCUCAAUAGAAAGGGGCCAUACUCCACAUUAGAAAUAUCACCUACUAUUUAUUGAAGUUCAUUUUUAUCUGUUAAUACCAGCACCUGGUAUAAACCUUAAAACAAUUUUUUAUUUGGUUAAACCCAGUUGCCUUCAUCGUCAAUUCUCAUGUAAUAUUCAAUGUGAUAUAUCUUUUUGAGAAAAAUAAGAAUUAAUUUAUUACAUAUUUAAUUUACAAGAUAUAACAUAAGUGAUGAAUUCAAUUUCUGAGGUAACUUCUUGUUGGUUUUUCGACAAACAUGAUCUCAAAGUUCUUAUUAAAAUCAGCUUUUUAUCAGCAACUCGGACAUCGUAAAGCCGAAUAUGCUGAUACUUGGUUUCAAAAGGCUUUUGUGAUUAUACUUAAUUGAAAAGACUCAUAUUCAAGUCAAUAAUUUCAGUGCCGUUGAGGAAGUUGUCUGUUUGUUAUUCAGAGAAUAACUUUUGCAAAUCACUAGAGUUUUUUCUAAGUAAGAUAUUACUUUCAGAAUAAUCAAAGAAACAUACAACUUUCUGGUUUCUUGAAUUUUUUGUAUCGUGUUCAAUUUUUGAUACCACAUAAAAAAUUAUUUUUUGCACAUCCUUAAACCAGAAAACAGAAAUCUUCCAUCAACACCAAAUGGAAUUUCAUUUAAAAGUUCCGGUCAGAUUUAUCGAAAUAAUGGAGGAAUAAGCAGAAGAAUCGAAUGUUACGUAUUGCGGUUUAUAAAACCGCAAGCUAUAAUAUAGCUAUGGGAAGCUAUAAUAUAGCUUCCUCUACCUUCACCUCAACACGUGUUUCGGUUUUGUAAACUGUCCAGUGAAAGUCUCAGAAAGAUGUGGUGCGUCAAUGCGUAAUGGAUUUUUAUCACAUAAUAAAAGUAAGACAAGUUGAUGAAAACGCAUUAAUUUUCAAAACUUUUUUACCGUUUUUCGAAAAACUAAGCAAAUUACAGUCUGUCAAAUGUGAGAAGAGCUUUCUGAAUUCCGUUAUGGUCCCGCCCACUAGAUGUGGGUUCUUUAUAAGACUAUGGGAACGAGAGAAAACGAGAGAGAGAGAGAGAGAGAAUCUCAAGUCUCUUCCAAAGUUUGACAAGCUGUAGUACAUGUUUACAUGAACUUCAUUUAUGAAAGAUGACAAGGAUUCACUUCCUGAAAUCAAAUUCGCCACUUUAUGUUACAUCUUGUAUACGAAUUCCAAAUGGUGCUAUUGUUAAAAAUUUAUUAAAACAUAUUGAUUGCUUGAUUUCCUUCAUACAAUAUUGAAAAGAUGUGUAGAGAAUAUAUCUAUAUAAUAUGAAUUUAUAAGUAAAUUCUUCACGUCGAGAAGUUUGCGAUGAUGAAAAUGAGCAAAAUAGCUUUGCAGGCUAGUAAUAUUAAAUAUUAAAAAAAAAUGGAAAAUUGUCGAUCUCGGUCUUUCUUCUAAAUUUACUCACCGUCACUCAAAUCAAUAAUUCUACACGAUUUUGCAUGAACCUUUAUGAACUCAAUGUUUGCAUCACGUAUUUCACAGAACUGCAUCGAAGAAAAUGAAGGCAAGAUUUUGAUAUGUAUCUUUCUGUGACAUGUAUAUCAGCGAUGUCGAUUGGCAGGCUGUUACGAGUGAAUGUAUGCUGGAAAGAAUUGUGAAGAAAAAGAGAUAAAAUACUGUUUUAGUGCUGCACCCACAUAUACAGGGUUGAUAGAUUUUCCCAUUACUCGAGUAUUCAAGAUUAUUGCCUUUUCAAAUGUUAUAUAGUAAAAAUCAUUCAUUCAAUGAGGUAUUAUGUUUAAUAAACUCAAGUUAUGUCGCAUAUUCAUUAAAGUAACCUUUUUUGCUUUUCCAAAAUCAUAUACAUUUUGGAAUGUGGUUUGAAAGUAGGAGUGUGUCUCAAUGUUAAUGACAGCACAGUCAUAUUUGAAACUUAGAAUUUAUUUCGAAACAGAACUAAUGAAUAUUAUUGAUUUGUUUUCUCAAAAAAUAGAAAGGUCUAUUGUACUCAAACAUGAAAACUCAAACAUUUUAUUUAUUUAUCGGUCAAGUACACUACAAAAUAUUAUAAAAUCCCAAAUGGUACAUCAAAAAAGUUUUAAUUGUAGAAAUUAGUCAAGCAUUUGAGCAGUUAUGAACCCAACAAGUGAGAUCCUUAAGAUAAACUAUUGUAAUUACCUAAAAAUAAAUAAACCUAUUCAUUUUCAUUAGUCCAGUACACCACAAACUCUUAAUAAAAUACCAAAUGGAACAUAAAGAAGAAAAAAUACUUAAAAGACGUGAAUAACCAUAAAGACAUUCAACACUAAUCAUCAAUUAAAUUAUAAAACAAAACGUAACUAUGUCAAGUACAGUACAAUGUGCAAACAAACCAUAGAGUCAAGUUAUUACUUCAUAAUAAAUAAAGAUAUGCAUUUUCAUUUGUCAAGUAGUACAUUAUAUAAUA